CUGGCUUCCAGAAAACCUCAUCCAUGAUGGCAGCGGCGAAGAUGAAGGUCUUGUUUGUAUGUGUAUGCUUCUUGGCCCAGUCUCUCGCUCAAAACCUGGAGCUUCCGAGGCUUCCAUACGAGUACGACGGUCUUGAGCCUCAUGUGGACGAGGAGACGAUGCGGGUACAUCAUCUAGGUCACCAUGCAGCAUACUUGGCGACUGUGAACAAUGUGCUUUCGAUGCUUAGAUCCAAUGAAACUACAAAACCGCUGGCCAAGAUGGGGAUCGAUAAGCUACUGCAGAACUUAGAUCAAGUACCGACUGAACAUGUCACUCCAUUGAGAAAUGGAGGUGGGGGUUUUGUGAAUCAUUUCCUAUUUUGGAAGUGCAUGUCUCCCAAUGGGACCCGAUUCGAGAUGGAUGAUGUCUUUGGAAAAGCUGUCACUGCGCAGUUUGGAAGUAUUCAGGCGCUUCUUCAAGAGUUUCGCGAAAAAGCGACGAAGCUUUUCGGAUCUGGGUGGACAUGGCUGGUGUUGGAGCACUCUACGAAGAGGUUGUACAUCACGACUACUCCUAACCAGGACACUCCAGCCAUGCAGGUUGGUCACAUUCCAAUCUUAGGCUUGGAUCUUUGGGAGCAUGCAUAUUACUUGAAGCACCAGAACAAGAGGGCUGAGUACAUCAGCAGCUUCUUUAAUGUUAUCGACUGGAAGGCGACUGCAGCACGAUAUGAGGAGGCUCUCAAGCAGCCCAAAACAGAGCUCUAAAUGAUCUGAAUCUUGAAUAAACAGAGCUCUAACUUAGUAAUGAUCUGAAACGUGAAUAAAACAGAGCUCUAAUG